AUGACGACGCUCUUCUCUUCCUUUUCCGCCACCGCGAAAACGUUGAUUUCCAUGGCCACCCCUGUCGUCGCGAUUGCGAUGGUGGCUCGAAACCUCUUCGCCUGCGACAUUAUUCAAGAUAUUUUCUUCAGUAGUGUCCGAGGAUUACUCAAUCGCUUCUCUUCUCAAAUCACCAUGGUGAUCACCGAGGCCGAUGGCCUCGUGAAUAACCAAAUCUACGAUGCCGUCCGUACGUAUUUGGGCAGAAAAAUCUCCCCCUCCACUCGCAGAAUCAAAGUUACCAAUCCUGAUCCUGAACAGAGCUUCGAGAUCAUCAUGGAACGCGACGAGAUCAUCUUCGUGGACGUCUUCAGUAGCGUCAAAUUUAAAUGGGUCUUUCAGGUUGAGUCGGAAAAUUCCAACAAUCCGAGGGACCUGAAUUCGAUGAUGGUGCGAUCAUUGGAGCUGAGUUUCCACAAGAAAUACAGAGAAUUGGUAUUAACGUCGUACCUUCCCUUCAUUAUAGGAGAAGCGGAAUUUAUGAAGCAAGAAGCGACGGCUCCGAGAAUCUUUGCAGUGGAUUUCCUUAGGUUAGAUCUGCGUCUAAACGACGUAUGGAUGCCGGCAAAGAUAGAGCAUCCAGUGACAUUUGAAACCCUGGCAUUGGAGCCGGACAUGAAGAAAUUCGUUCAGGAGGAUCUGGAGAGGUUUGUCAGAAGGAAAGAAUAUUACAGGAAGGUAGGGAAGCCAUGGAAGAGAGGGUAUUUGCUGUCAGGGCCCCCCGGAACAGGGAAAUCAAGUUUGAUUGCAGCCAUGGCGAAUUACUUGCAUUUUGAUAUAUACGAUUUGGAGUUCACGAGAUUUCUAACAUCAUGCGAUCGUGAGCUCCAAAAGUUACUGAUGAAUAUGGCGAAAAGAUGCAUUCUCGCUGUGGAGGACAUUGACUGCACCAUUGAAUACCAGCAUCGCAUGGCUGCUUUAUGCUUCCCAGAACCACCCCUCCAGACAAUGCCGAUAGUGCCAAUGCUAUUGAACUUCCUUGAUGGUGUGUGGUCAAGCUGCGGGGACGAGAGGAUUAUAGUCUUCACAACCAAUCACAAAGAGAAGCUUGACCCAGCAUUCUUGCGUCCGGGUCGUAUGGACGUUCACAUCCACAUGUCAUUUUGCACUCCAUCCAUGUUCAGGCAGCUUACUUUUAAUUACCUUCAACUUCAUCACCAUCCUCUUUUUUCACAAAUUGAAGAAGCCAUUCUUGCCACUCAUAUCACUCCUGCUGAAGUGGCUGGGCAGCUCUUGAAGAUAAAGAGUAAUAAUAGUAAUAGUAAUAACAGUAGUGAUGACCAUCACUUCUCUGUUAUUCUUCAAGACCUUCGACAGUUUCUUGUACAAAAAAAGAUGGAGAAUGAUAAAGAGAUUGAGGCUAAAGAGAGGGAAACAUAA